UCUAGCUAGUGGAUAAGGAGAGCUAAUAACUGAUGACAUUAAGAUGGCUGAAGUGUUCAAUACCUAUUUUGCUUCAGUCUUCACUAAAAAGGUUAAUGGUGACCUAGAUACUCAACACAAUUAUUAUUAACAACAAGGGGGAAGGAACACAAUCCAGAAUUGGGGGAAAAUAGCUUAAACAAUAUUUAGAUAAGUUAGAUGUAUUCAAGUCAGCAGGGCCUGAUGGAAUUCAUCCUAGAGUACAUGAGGAACUAGCUGAAGCAAUCUCAGAAAUGUUAGCAAUUAUUUUUAGAACACAUGCAGGACAGUUGAAGUCCUAGAGGACUGGAGAAGGGCGAAAAUAAUGUGUUUAUAAAAAGGGGAACAAAGAGGACUCAAAAAGAACGAGGAGUACUUGUGGCACCUUAGCCCUGGUCUACACUACGAGUUUAGGUCGAAUUUAGCAGCGUUAGGUCGAUUUAACUCUGCACCCGUCCACACGACCAAGCCUAUUUUGUCAACUUAAAGAGCUCUUAAAAUCGAUUUCUGUACUCCUCCCCUCCCCUCGCUGGGUCGAAUUUGGGGUAGUGUGGAUACAAUUCAACGGUAUUGGCCUCCAGGAGCUAUCCCAGAGUACUCCAUUGUGACCGCUGUGGACUCACUCUCAACUCAGAUGCAUUGGUCAGGUAGACAGGAAAAGCUCCGGGAACUUUUGAAUUUCAUUUCCUGUUUGGCCAGCGUGGCGAGCUGAUCAGCACAGGUGACCAUGCAGAGCUCAUCAGCACAGGCGACCAUAUUUGCCAAAAUUUCCAAGGGCAUGAUGGACAGAGGCUACAACAGGGACACACAGCAGUGCCGCGUGAAAGUUAAGGAGCUGAGUCAAGCCUACCAAAAAAUAAAGGAUGCAAACGGUCACUCCGGGUCAGAGCCCCAUACAUGCUGGUUCUAUGAUGAGCUGCAUGCAAUUCUAAGGGUGGCCCCUACCACUACCCCACCACUGUCCAUGGACACGUGCAAGGGGGGAGUCUCGUGCAACAGGGGUGAGGAGUUUGAAGAUGAGGAGGAGGUUGAGGAUAGCGCACAGCAGGCAAGCAGAGAAUCCCUUCUCCCCGGCAGCCAGGAACUGUUCAUCACCCUGGAGCCAAUACCCUCCCAACCCUCCCAAGGCGGGCUCCCGGACCGUGAAGCCAGAGAAGGCACCUCUGAUGCAAAUGUUUCUAUGCUCCCUCUCUCAUCUCCAUCCCAGAGGCUAAUGCAGAUUAGAAGGUGAAAAAAACACACUCACGAUGAGAUGUUCUCGGAGCUCAUGCAGUCCUCCCGCUCUGAAAGAGCUCAGCAGAAUGCGUGGAGGCAGACAAUGGCAGAGUCCAGGAAAGUGUUAAAUGAACCCGAUGAGAGGAGGGAGGAGCACGCUGAGAGGAGGCAGGAUGCAAUGCUGAGGCUAAUGGGGGAGCAAACUGACAUGCUCAGGCAUCUGGUGGAGCUGCAGGAAAGGCAGCAGGAGCACAGACCACCGCUGCAGCCCCUGUAUAACUGCCUUCCCUCCUGCCCAAGUUUCAUAUCUUCCUCACCUGGGCACCCAGCCACUCCACCCCAGAGGAUUGCCAAAGCAACAGAAGGCUGGCAUUCAAUAUGUUUUAAACUGUAGUGUGGCCUUGUCUUUCCCUCCUUCACUCAUCCACCACCCCACCCGGUGCUUCCCUCCUCACCCACCCCUCCCUGGCUACCUUGCGAGUUU